UGGAUCCGAUCCCAAUAUGUCUGAGGUGCUUUGCUCUUCGGCUGCGAAACAUUUACUCGGAAACAACAGAUUGCUCUAAAUUAAUCGGCAGUUAGGGUUUUACGGAUCUCCAAAUUCUGCGUCAAGCUCAAUUUAUUUGUCUCCGGUUUCCAAGAUCGAGAUUUUCCACUGUCUUCUGAAGCACUAAUUUUGGAAAACUGCAGCAUAUAUGGCGGAUGAUUAUUGGAAUCGGCAGCAGCCUCUGCUUCCCUCGCCAGGCAUCCUUAAACGACCUCGUACUGAAUAUGAACUUCCAUCCUCCGGAUUGCCUAGCGGCCAUGAGAUGCACAAUUAUUUAGCAAGUGAUGACCGUGGUGGUCUGCGGUCUGUAAAAGAUACACAAACAAUUGGAUCAGCAUAUGAUCGUUAUCUCCAAAGUGUGCAACUUUCUUCUUUUACUUCCGGAGAAGUACCUACCCAUGGAGAAAUGGGCAUGGGAAGGCCUGUUGCAAACAGGAUGCCAGUUGGGAGUAGAAUGCCUGGGCCUUUAUUACCUGAUCCUAUUGUAAUGAGUCGUCCUCCUGCAGUUUCUCCUGAUAUUGCACCAAACGGUCGAAAUAUUGAGUAUGGUAAUCAUCUUCCUGUAGAUUCGAUGAGCAGACCUGGACGUGAAACUGUGCCUCUUCCUCCUGAUGCCUCCAACACUUUAUAUGUUGAAGGACUUCCUCCAGAUAGUUCGCGCAGGGAAGUAGCUCGUAUCCUUUUUAUAGAUAUUUUCCGCCCCUUUGUGGGAUAUAAAGAAUUGAGACUUGUGAGCAAAGAAUCUAAACAUCGUGGUGGGGACCCCCUAAUAUUAUGUUUUGUGGAUUUUGCAAACCCAGCCUGUGCAGCAACUGCCAUGAGUGCAUUGCAAGGUUAUAAAAUGGAUGAACAAGAUCCUGAAUCUAAUUAUUUGCGACUACAGUUCUCACGACAUCCAGGUCCGAGGUCUGGUUCUGGAUCUGGCGGCAAAAGGUACUAUAGUAGGAAUUUGGAGAGUUCCUGCACCCUCCAACACACCAAAAUCAGCCUAUUCCGCUUGUCAUUCCACUCGUACGGAUAUGCAACACCCCAGCUAUUUAUCAAUCAUUCUUCCCCUCUUCAUGUGAGUGUGAUGGUGCUAAAGGGGUGGCCCCAGUGUUGAUUUUGCAUCCCAAACAGUUCUGAUUUGAAUUUUCUAUAGAUUUUUAGACCCACCACAGAAAAACUUUAUGAAAACUUCAUAAAUGCAAGCUGCCAAGUUUUGAAGCAGAACGAAAAACCCAUUUGCUUGGGAUUGGAGAAAAAAUGGGUUCUUCAACUGCUACUGUAAUGCCGCCCUUUGUUAUCUCUUUUCUCCUUGCAUCGGUGUCUUUGAAUCUGCCAUCAACAUUUAGUGCAGAAUAUGUUCAUUAUCCACCUCUACCAAAAAAGCAUACAAGAUUCGUACACAAACAACCUUUAGUCUAGAAU